AUGUCCAUCAUAAAAGACAUCGUCAUCACGCCCGUGGCAUUCCACGACAUGCCCUUACUCAACAGCGUCGGCGUGCAUGAACCCUUUGCGCUACGCAGUAUCAUCGAGGUCAUCACCACUUCUACUCAAUACGGCCUGGGCGAGUCCUACGGUGACUCGGCUCACCUAUUGCGACUGCAAAAAGCAGCAGACAAACUCACGGGUCUGUCCGUGUACGACACAAACGCUAUUUACAGAAUCUGCGUCGAGAGUUUGGCGGGCGAUGAUGCUAGUACAUCUGGCGGUGAUGGGAUGGCAGGUAUGGUUACUACUGCCUCUGUGGCAGAUAAAGUGUUCUCACCGUUUGAGGUUGCAUGUCUCGAUAUCCAGGGAAAACUUGCUGGUGUGCCUGUAAGUGAGUUGCUGGGUGGACGUGUCAGAGACUCGGUGCAAUACUCUGCAUAUCUCUUCUACAAAUGGGCGAAACACCCGGACCAGCCAGAAGACGAUGAGUAUGGCGAGGCACUCGAUCCAGCAGGUAUUGUCAAGCAAGCCCGCAAGAUAAUCGACGAGUAUGGCUUCAAAGCCAUCAAACUCAAAGGCGGUGUUUUCCCGCCUGCGCAGGAAGUUGAGGCUGUCAAGGCGCUACAUGCUACGUUUCCGGGAGUGCCGCUGCGACUCGAUCCGAAUGCUACAUGGACAGUUGAGACGUCGAAAUGGGUCGCCAAUGAGUUGCAAGGUAUUGUCGAGUACUUGGAAGACCCAGCGCCUGAAAUUGAAGGGAUGGCUGCUGUUGCCAAGGAAGCCUCACAAAUGCCUCUGGCCACAAACAUGGCUGUUGUGGCCUUUUCACAUCUUCCUCCCUCAAUAGCCCAAAACGCAGUACAGGUAAUCCUGUCAGAUCAUCAUUUCUGGGGGGGUCUGCGCAAAUCGCAAACGCUGGCUGCUAUCUGCGCGAUUUGGGGUAUACGGUUGUCAAUGCACUCCAACAGUCAUCUGGGCAUCUCGCUCGCGGCCAUGACGCAUCUGGCCUCUGCGACGCCCAAUUUGGAUUAUGCGUGUGACACGCAUUGGCCGUGGAAGAGGAGCGAUGAAGAUGUUGUUGUUGAUGGCGCGCUCAAGUGGGUUGAUGGGGGUGUGGUUGUGCCUACUGCACCGGGUUUGGGUGUUGAGCUCGACCGAAAGAAGUUGGAGAGACUGCAUAGGCAGUAUUUGGACUGUGGGAUUACGAAGAGGGAUGAUACGACGUAUAUGAGAAAGUUUCGGCCAGAGUUUUCGCCGCAUAUUCCGAGGUGGUGA